AUGCGACCCCUGACAUCCUUCAAUCUGGGUAUCUCAUCCUUCAAGUACCACCACGCCUCGUUCGGAUCGAUGUACGCCUCGUACAAAAAGUCGACCCACUCGUCCGGCGUAACCCUCAUCCCCCCUUCAGGCUUUAGCGAGAGAAUGACAGUCUCUGCCGUCCAGAAUGGCGCGGAGUGGGGGAGAUGCAAGGGGUGGAGGCAUGAGUGCUUGGAGAUUCACGUGAUCUACCGUCGUAGUUGGCCGGCCGCUCACCUCCUUUGCCCCCUGCGCUCAACCAUUGGCUCACAUCCAUCAGCACCCUUCCAAAGUCCAUCUUUUGA